UCUGGACUUUGAAUCCAGCGAUCCGAGUUCAAAUCUCGGUGGGACCUGACUGAAAUUUUUUUUUUAAUUUUCGAAAAUUAAUACAUUUUUUUUACUUUUCGCCUGUAAAUAAAAUAAACUUGCGUUGAAAUCUGCAACUCGUAUAUCGUAAUCCUUUUAUUUGCAUCAUUUGUAUGAUCCGAUAGUUGCUGCUAAAGAAAACAAUAACGCUUAUGGAGACCACGUGCUAAAACAUUUUUGAGAAUUCAAUUGGCCGCGAGUUCGAGGAGAUGGCCGAGCCGGGCGAUUCCGUGGUGGUUAUCAAGGCGAAGCCCGUUCGCAAGGUUUUCAAGGCUCCCACGAGGGCCAGCAAGAUUCCCGAGGAACUCCUGAACGAUUCUCAGCUGAAUUCUGCCAUAGCGGCUUUACCUGCGAAUUAUAAUUUCGAGAUACACAAGUCGAUAUGGAGGCUCAGAGAGGCCAAGGCGAAGCGGGUGGUUCUCCAAAUGCCGGAAGGCCUCCUGAUGUACGCCACAACCAUAGCUGAUAUCAUUGAGGACUUUACCGAAGCAGAGACUGUUAUCAUGGCCGAUGUCACCUACGGAGCUUGCUGCGUGGAUGAUUAUACGACGCGAGCGUUGGAUGCAGACUUCCUGAUCCACUAUGGACACUCGUGUCUUAUACCCAUGGACCAGGUCGCCGGUAUCAAAGUGCUUUACGUGUUUGUUAACAUUAGAAUUGACAUUUUACAUUGCGUGGAUUGCCUGAAGGUCACCCUACCAAUUACCACAAAGGUAGCGCUAGUCAGUACAAUACAGUUCGCCACAACGGUACAGGUGGUAGCGACGGAACUUAGAAGACAGGGUUACGAAGUCUCGGUGCCGCAGAGCAAGCCACUUAGCCCUGGAGAAAUUUUAGGAUGCACAGCGCCACAAGUUCGAUGCGCGGAUGCUGUGAUCUAUAUAGGGGACGGCCGCUUCCAUUUAGAGGCUGCCAUGAUCGCUAAUCCUAAGCUGAGGGCAUUCAAGUACGACCCGUACGCUAAGAAACUGACUGAAGAAUUUUAUGACCACGAAAGAAUGUUGACGACCAGGCACGAGGCGAUACAACGUGCUAUAAAAACCAACAAAUAUGCUUUGGUGCUUAGUACUCUGGGCAGGCAGGGCAGUCUUAAUGUGCUGAAAACUCUACAAAAUAGAAUUGAGGCUUUAGGAAAGGAAAAUGUCGUGAUAUUGAUGUCGGAGAUAUUCCCGGAUAAAAUCAAGCUGUUCAAAGACGUUGACGCUUUCAUACAAAUUGCGUGUCCACGAUUGAGCAUCGACUGGGGUGUCGCGUUCGAAAAACCAUUUCUCACGCCCUAUGAAGGUGCCGUCGCUCUUAAGAUGGCAGAAUUCGACAAGGACCGGCCGUAUCCCAUGGAUUUUUACGCUACAAUCAGCCUCGGACCAUGGACCGCUAAUCACAAGGAAUCUGAAUUAGAAAAAACCGAUACCUGCUGCGGUAAAUGUAAAAUGGACAAAUAAAGGGAAUCGAAUAUGUAAUUUAAA